AUGGAUAAAUUUGGUUUAGAAGCACUGCUUCCUUUAAUCAAACAGGAUGACCCUGAAUUUUCAAAAAAAUAUAAUCAUGCUAUGACCAUCGGUGCUGAUUUGACCUCAAUACAACAUUCUUUAGGCAUACCUAAUAACAAUAAAAGAUAUCGUGUUCUGGAUACUUUCCAAUCUCCAUGGGCAGAAACUUCUAGGAGUGAAGUAGAACCACGUUAUUUCACACCAAAGUCAUUCACUAAUAUACCAAAAGUUUUACAAUCUAUAGAUACACCAUCAGUUUUCAAUUCUGUGGAAACAGACCAGCAAAGAAUUUCAUUAUUUCAAGAUGAGACGCUGUUUUAUUUAUUUUACAAGCAUCCUGGCACCGUGAUCCAGGAAUUAACCUAUUUAGAACUGAGGAAACGUAAUUGGCGUUAUCAUAAAAUAUUAAAGGCUUGGCUAACAAAAGAUCCAAUAGUAGAACCUAUAGUAACAGCAGAUGGACAAAGUGAAAGGGGCUCUUACAUAUUUUUUGACCCACAAAGAUGGGAAAAAUGUCAAAGAGAUUUCGUAUUAUUUUAUAAUGCCAUCAUGUGA